GCUGAUAUAAUAAGGUCCCACUGAGUGGUGCCACCCAAACAGGCUCUCUCGCCUGAUCAGAUGCUGAUGCUGUCUGUUUGUACGACUUUGACAGGCGUUUACAUGCACCCCAACAUGUAACAAGCUGCCGGGUUUAAGGGUUGGUCGUUCUUCCUUCCGCUCGAGCGGUUCGAGCGCAGUGUUUCCGAUGUUUUUGUCAGUCUGUGGUGAUGAUCGUGUGCAGCGACGCGUUUUAUCGACCGUCUAAUAGUAUUAGCCUGGGUUGGGCGUAAACUGUCCAUUUACCAGCUAGCCGGGCAGCUAACUCAGCUAGCGACCGCAUCCACGGACAGUUGAGGAAAAUUAUCGGAUUAAUUCAGCUUUCAGCCACAUCCGAUUGUCUCACGAAGUGAAAUGGCAUGUGAUAAUCCUGCUUUUAUGAGGGGCAAGUUAACUGAAGUGUCAAGAGAACAGUUUACACUGCAUUGAGGGACUGGCGGUUUCUCUAUGCAAGAGAGACAGUUUUGGAUUUCCACUUAGAUUUAUCCACAGUAUCAGAUUUCUGUGUUGAGAAGACUGAGCAGGAUGACUGGAACUGAAGCCAACUCUGAACUGCUGUAAGCCAGUGGAGGCCAGGCUGGACUAAUGGGCGUACUCACACUAUGUACAGUUGCCGUGAAUCGGGCCAAAGCACCCUUGCCCCCUCUCCUGUCUCCCCCGACCGCCUGCACUCGCAUUACAUUUGGGCCUGGGCGAGCUUACAUCAUCGAUGCUGCGCUGUUCAACGAGCAUGACUUUGCGCCAAACCACAGAUGCAUGUACGCUCUCAGAGUCCACCUGACUGCUGCCACCCUCUGCUUCCUGGCUUUUGAAACAGCCUAUCAGGGGGCUGGUGGAGGCGGGGCUUAGCUAGACCCCUGUGCUGACCCUCUGAGUGAGACUGGCGCCUCCUGAUGGACCAGGGUGGUAGCGAGCAGCCUGGGGCGGAGGAGCCAGACUCUGGGGGUCGAGCAGAGCGGGAGGUGAGCAGGAGGGCUUCCGAGCCUGAUCACGGCCUGUCCAAAAUUACCCACAAUGCUUUGGAGAACAUGGGCGCGCUGGGCCAUGGCCUGAAGCACUUCUUCCAACCCCAGCGCAGGCGUUCAUCCGUCUCGCCACACGACUACACCUCUUCUUCCACAGGCCCCAUCCUUGAACCUCCAGAAGUGGGGCCAGAGUUGGGGGAAGCGCAAGGCAUCACGGUCGCCCCUAACUCUGACCCUCACACUUCCGCCCCCCCUGCAGCUUUGAGUCGCGUGCUGCAGCAGAUUCGAGGCCCCCCCAUGAUGAAGAGAGGGACCAGCCUGCAGAGCCGCCGCAGCAAGGCAGGGGGGGUAGGGGAGGCCCCCCAAAAAGGCAGUCCUCAGAUCCACAGGCGCAGUACCCAGGACCCAUUGCUGCAGGCAGGACGGCCACGCUCCUCUUCUACCACCGAUACACCCAGCAGCCCAGCUUUGGUGGACAUGUUGCUGACCUCAGGGUACCACUCCACCGAGGAGGCUGAUCGGCAAGAUCGUUUGGAGGUGUCGGGCCCUGCAGUGUCUCCCAACGCUCUGUCUACAUGCUCAGAUGGCGGUCAGUACGGUGUGGAUUCAGUGGAUGGCACCCUGGAUCCUCAGCGCACAAAGCAGGCCAUUGCUCAGCUACAGCAGAAGAUUCUUAAACUCACAGAGCAGAUCAAAAUCGAACAAACAGCAAGAGACGACAAUGUAGCCGAGUACUUGAAGCUGGCAAACAACGCAGACAAACAGCAGAGCACUCGCAUCAAGCAGGUGUUCGAGAAGAAGAACCAGAAGUCUGCGCAGACCAUCCAGCAGCUGCAGAGGAAGCUGGAGCAUUAUCAUCGCAAGCUCCGAGAGGUGGAGCACAAUGGAAUACCACGCCAGCCCAAAGAUGUCCUGCGAGACAUGCACCAGGGUCUGAAGGAUGUGGGUGCCAAGGUAACCGGUGGCCUGUCCAGUAUCUCUCAGGCCACUCACUCAGCUGCAGGAGCAGUCGUGUCCAAGCCUCGUGAGUUUGCCUCUCUAAUUCGCAACAAGUUAGGAAGUACAGAAAACAUCCCUGCCCUAAAAGACUCUCUGGAUGAACAGCAAGGGGAUGAUCCAGUAUCAAGUACAGGAGUGGCAGGCACUAGGACCCCAGGGCCCGGGCAGCUGCAAUCGAGCCCGAAAUAUGGCAGUGAGGACGACUGCUCCAGCGCUACAUCAGGGUCAGCAGGAGCAAACAGCACAACGGGGGCUCCCGGAGGGCCUCCCAGCUCAAAGGGUAACACACUGGAGCAUGGCCAGGGCUCUGGCUUCGACACACUGCUGCACGAGAUCCAGGAACUGAAGGAUAACCAGAGUCGACUAGAAGAAUCUUUUGAUAACCUGAAGAGUCACUAUCAGAGAGACUACACGGAUAUUAUGCAGGCCUUGCAGGAGGAGAGAUUCAGGUGUGAGCGUCUGGAGGAGCAGUUGAAUGAUUUAACAGAACUGCAUCAAAAUGAGAUUCUCAACUUGAAGCAAGAGCUUGCCAGCAUGGAGGAGAAGAUCGCUUACCAGUCUUAUGAACGAGCUAGAGACAUACAGGAGGCACUGGAGGCCUGUCAAACGCGCAUCUCUAAGAUGGAGCUUCAACAGCAGCAGCAACAGGUGGUUCAGUUGGAGGGUUUGGAAAACGCCACUGCACGCACUUUACUCGGCAAACUCAUCAACGUGCUGCUGGCCGUCAUGGCGGUCCUCCUAGUGUUCGUCUCGACGGUCGCAAACUGUGUAGUUCCACUGAUGAAAACACGCAGCCGCACGCUUUCCACAUUGCUCCUUGUUCUAGUGUUGGCUUUUCUGUGGCGGAAUUGGGAAGCCAUGUCGCAGUAUGUUGACCGAUUUUUGCUGCACCCUAGAUGACCUGCAGGGGCGCUGCUGUUGCUAUGGUUUUAUGAAGGGACUAGAGGGCGGAGACUUUGAAUCAAAGAUGAAGACUAACACUGCCUCAGUUGCACUUAGUACAGAGGGAUGCGGCACAAGAGUGGCAGACACAGACAAAAUCUUACAACCUCUUUCUCUUUUUUUUUUCACUGAAGGAGUGAGUUUGUUUACAUUUUGAAGAUCCUUUUUUCUCCCGUCAACAUGAAUUGCAUUGCUGAGUUUCCGUUUAUUUGUUGUUGGAAAUGAUGCAAGUCAUGUCGUUCAUUGUUUUCGUAACUAUUGUUAGGAUAUACAUUUAUGCAAUUUCCUGAGUCUUGUUUUGAAUUGACUGGAGUGGUUUUAACAUGCACUGGAUGGAGAUCUCUCUCCACGUUUUUAAUACCAUAUUAACUGCUCUUUUCCCUCCUAACUUUAAGCCGUUUCUUUAAUUUCUCUCCGUCGUCUCGCUCUUCCUCUUAAGUGCUUAACUUCAAUUAAUUUCCUGUGCUCAUGGCUUCACUCUUCCUACUCAAAACCGUUUGCUGCUGUUUGGACUUCAAUGCAGUUGUUGCUGAAUGAAGGAUUGGAUGGAUUCUGUUGGAGAAGAGGCGUCUGGAGUUGGGUUGAAUAGGCCGAGGACCUGAAACACUCUUAAGCUGAGUCGGCCCCACUUCAUCUCCGGCCCUGUGCCCUCAGAGAGGCACAGUCCCUGGGCAUACGAACAGAAUGAACAUACUUGAAGAGCUAGAAAUGCUCAAUGACUCUCAGUGCUUCCGUACUGUUUCUUAUAGCGACAAUGAAAUAGUCCUUUUUAGUUUUAUUUUUUAUUUUUUAAAAUGAAAUUAAUAAAUGCUGUUUUAAAAAUGCA